GCAUUCCUUUCCAACAUCACAAACACUCAAACACCUCCACAUCAAUGGCUUCUUUCAAACUUCUCUACACUACUUUGACACUACUUGCUCUACUCUCCUCCUCCACCUUUUGCUCAGGUUUUCCCAGCUUCCACUUUGGCUGGGGUAACGGCGGCGGCGGUGGUGGUGGUGGUGUAAGCCGCCCUAUUGGUGGUCGGAAGUAUUCUGGACUUUUCCCAGGUUUCUACAGUCAUACGUGUCCUCAAGCUAAUGACAUUGUCAUGUCAGUCCUUGAAAAGGCCAUUUCAAAAGAGCCAAGAAUGGCAGCUUCUUUACUCAGGCUUCAUUUCCAUGACUGUUUUGUUCAGGGAUGUGAUGCUUCUGUCUUAUUGGAUGAUCAUCCAACAUUCAAAAGCGAAAAGAAAUCUGUCCCCAACAAAAACUCUCUUCGGGGAUUUGAAGUGAUCGACGAAAUCAAAUCUAAACUCGAACAAACAUGUCCGGAGACCGUUUCUUGUGCAGACAUUCUCGCCCUUGCUGCUCGAGGCUCCACUAUUCUCAGUGGAGGACCGAAUUGGGAAUUGCCAUUAGGAAGAAGAGAUUCAAAAAAAGCAAGUCUCAAUGGCUCAAACAAGAACAUUCCUCCACCAAAUUCCACUAUUCAAAACCUUUUAACGUUUUUUCAGCGCCAAGGUCUCAAUGAAGUCGAUCUAGUCUCUCUUUCUGGAGCUCAUACGAUUGGGAUGGCAAGAUGUACAACAUUCAAGCAACGUUUAUACAAUCAAAAUGGAAACAAUCAACCAGAUUCAACUCUUGAAAGAAGCUACUACCAUGACUUAAAAUCAGUAUGCCCGAAAACAGGUGGCGAUAGUAACAUUUCACCAUUAGAUCGCACAUCACCUAUGACAUUUGACAACACGUAUUUCAAGCUCAUUAUGUCGGGAAAAGGACUUCUCACAUCCGAUCAAGUUCUUCUGUCUGGAAACCUUGGAAAAACCAUGGAGUUAGUGAAGCAUUUCGCUGAUGAUCAUGUUCUUUUCUUCCGUCAUUUUGCUCAAUCCAUGGUUAAAAUGGGAAACAUUAGUCCGAUUACUGGUUACAAGGGUGAAGUAAGGAAGAACUGUCGUAGGGUUAACUAAUUAUAUAUAUAUAUUUAUCUCUCAUGUGUUUAUGUCUAUGUACUUUGUUAACUUGUUGAAAUUGAAAUAUGAAGUAUUUAAUUAUGAGUUAUAUAUAUAUCGAGUCAUCA